AUGCCGACGCCGGUGCAGCCGGCCGUCGGCCUGAAUGCGCUGCUGGCGGCCGCCGGGCGCAUCGAGGCCUCGGACCCCAAGAGCGUCCAAUCGCGGCCGCGGAGCCGCUUGGGCAAGGUUGAGCUCCGGCUGCGAGGAGCCGAAGUGUGGGAGCCGAAGAGCGUCCGCGACCGGGCUCCGAAGGUUUUUUUCGACGACGCGUACCCCGCUGAGGAGCCGGCCGCGCCCGUGAAGAAGACGAAGCCGAAGACGAAGAAGACCCCGGUGCUCUCGUCCCGGGCCUGCCUCGUCACGGGCGUGCGGCGCACCAUCUGCUCCUGCAAUUCGGAGGGCUGCGGAAGCUACCUCUGCAUGGUCACGGGCGCGCAGCGCAACAAAUGCGACUGCGGCGCGAAGGGCUGCGGCGCGUCCCUGUGCCCCAAGACGGGCCUCGAGCGCGCGCGCUGCGACUGCGGCGACGGCGACUGCGGCGCGUCCCUGUGCCCCACGACGGGCCUCAAGCGCGCGCUCUGCGACUGCGGCGACGGCGACUGCGGCGCGUCCCUGUGCCCCACGACGGGCCGCGUCCGCGGCGAUUGCGAGUGCGACGACGAUGACUGCGGCGCCUGGCUGUGCCCGCGCACCAAGAAGCGGCAGGGUGACUGCCCCUGCCGCCGCCUCGAGUGCGGCGCGCGACUCUGCCCCACGACGGGCCGCGUCCGCUGCGUCUGCGAGUGCGACGACGACAAAUGCGGCGCGUCCCUGUGCGCGCGCACGAAGCUGCCCAAGUGGCACUGCAGCUGCCGGAGCGAGGAGUGCGGCGGCAGCCUCUGCGACGAGACCAAGGUCGAAAAGAGGCUGUGCAAGUGCGGCGCGGACGGCUGCGGCGCCGCCGUCGCCUGCAACGUCCUCGCGGGCUUCCUGCGCGCGGUCAAGCGCCGGGGCGGCAAGGUCGACUUCCCCUUCGUGGCCGUCGCGAAGGCCGAGGCCUUCUGGGGCUUAACCGUGGCCCAGGUCAUGGAGUACCUCGUCGCGACGUACCCCGGCAGCGCCGCCGACGUCCGCCGCAUGUGGACGAUGGGCGUCCUCAACGUCGACCACAUCGUGCCCCGCAACAAGGUCCUCAAGGACAUGGGCCCCUUCGUCGACCGCCACAACAACACGCUCCCGGCCUUCGACUACGUCAACCGCAUCGUCCACCUCCAGCUCGCGCGCCCCGCGAUCAACAGCUCGAAGGGCGACAAGUUCCCGAAGUCGACGAGCGACGCGCUCGCGCGCCGCGUCGCCCUCAUGCCGCGCGGCAAGCUCAGCCCCUCCAAGUUCGCGAGCUGGAUCGCGGCCGUCCGCAAGGACGUCCGCGAGGGCAACUACGAAAUCGGCGACCCCGCGCGGUUCCCGGCCGACCCGCCGCCGGCGCGCCGCGGCGGCCGCGGCGCGACGCGCGCCAAGCCCAAGCCCCGGCGCGGCGGCUCCGUGGGCGCCGCCGCGAAGCGCCCCCGCCGCGCCUCCAAGGCGACCUAG